AUGCGCGUCCACUCCCUUGUUUUUGUGGCGUCAUCUGCUCUUUUAGCUCGUGGUGACGGCGUCUUGGAACCUGUGGAUUCAAACGUGGCAGGGCCCUUCUCUUCGUCGGUCGCUCGUUCAUUGACCGAAAACGACCACGAAAACGUUCCUGUCACGAUACCGUCGGAGAGCGAGAGUCCAGUGAACGAAGGUGAAAGAAUCGUAACCGGCUUCUCUUCCUGGAUUGGGAAGGUACAAGAAAAGGUCCAGACGGCGGCGCAGGGAGAGAAGCAGAAGAUUUUCGACUCCUUGGCGACCCCAGUCGCGGCGAGCGACUCCGGGACUGGUAUCGCCAAUGCACUGAAAACCAAAAAGUGGAAGGGCUUGUCUGCCCGCUACAAAAGGUCUGGAGAGUCGAUGAUCACGCCCCUUCUUGAUCGUUUCGGAUAUCUCAAAGUGGCACGAGCGCUCUCUCCCGCGCUAAAGUUUAACGAUGCUGGAGUCCUUCAACUGCACAAGAAAUCUGCGUCUGUCGAGGAGAAGCUGGCGGUGGACAUGUUGAAGCAUUGGCGUGACCAGAAAUCACCAAUUGGUACCGUUUUCAGUGAUCUCGAGCUGAACGUGGCGGAAGGACAUGAGACCCUCGUUUUUCGCAACUUUUUCGACGAUGAAAGAGUGAAAGUACUGAAAGCCUACCGCCAGUACGCGAAGAUAGACGAUCGAGAUUAUCUGGACGCCGUAAAGACUGUCUUUGGCGGGGAAAAGGGAUUCUUGGACAUGUUGCGCAAGGCGUUACGACUCGUGGGAACCGCCGGGGUGGCAAAGGAGCUGGAAACAAUCGCUUUGAGAACUUGCUCAUCGAACCCAUUGGAUGUUUUACAGAAGCUGAAGUCGGGUUCACUACCAGAAUAUAUCUUUGACGGUUUUACUUAUGGACUGGUGAGGAAAUAUGUGGCUGCCAUCAACAAAGCGAACCCUGCGGAGAAGACUUCUGAAUUCAAACUAAUUACGGACAGUCUUGGUGGAAAGGCUGAUUUUCUACGCGCACUUGUAAAUUAUAAAGUGGAGACUGAGGGAUGGUUGAGUUGUAAGUUAGCCCUUUUCACUAAAUGGGCGGCAGAAGACAAAGUCACACCUACCUCAGGUUUGCAAGACCGUUUGAAAGGUCUGAGUUCCAACGACCGAAAAACGAUUACACGCAUGUACACAAGAUUUCAAACCUUCGAGAAUAGGAAAAGAACAGACGAGAAAGGGAAAUGA